AUGAAUAACUACAAACUAAUAAAAACAUUGUCAGAGAAUAAAACUAUUGGUGAAGAUGAAUCUACAAGACAUCUAAGUGAGUUAGCAGAUGCUAAAAUAUCCUUAAUUAAAGUGGCACAUGUUUCUCCUAUUAAUUUUCUAAGCCUUAGAGAGAGAUUUGGGUAAAUUUCCGAUUAAUAUCCAUUACCAAUUAAAUUCUAAUAAUUAUUAUAAACAAUGAGAAAUAUCGAAUAAAUGUAUUGGAAAAAGAGAUAACCACUUAUAUUUGACAUAAAAACUAAUUCCAUCAAAAUAUUAUAAAUUGGAUAAUUGUUAAAACUAGAUAAAGAUUUAUAUGAGAUAAAGAUUUUAAAUAAAUCAAUUGAGCUUAUUAUGAAUGACAUUCCUAUAGAAAAUUUACCUUAAUUUUAGCCUUUUUAAAGUAAGUUGCCUGCAAUAUUUGAAAGUAGAAUUGCUUCAAUAAGAAAUAAAUUGGAUGAUUUAGUCUAAAAAGUUCAUGAAAAUUAUUUAAGAUUGAUUGGAGAAGAGGCCUUUCUUGAAUGUUCUCAAGAAUUUAAGAUUUAUUAUCCUGCAUUUGAUAUGAAUCUAGUAUUAGACAUCUCACCUGCAUAAUUGCCAUUUCAAAUAUACUCUGAUGAGCAGAGAGAUUAAAUUAAGUAAAUUUUAGAAACGACGAUUAAGUAUUUCAAUUAAAGAUCGGUUUCAUUUGUUUAUUAUAAUAAUUUAAUACACCAUUUACUUAAUAAAAUACCAAUGAAUAAAGAAAUUAUGGAGAAAUCAUUAAUGUUUUUGAUUAAAAUCCAGCCAGAUUUCUUGCAGAUAACUAAUGCAAAAAAAGAACAAUUAAAAAGUAAAUGGAUAGUGUAGAUUAAUAAAUUGAGUACAGAAUAAAAAUAGAUAGAAUCACUUAAGAUGUAUUUCUAUUGA